UAAUAGUAAUUUUCAGUGGGAAAAUGGCAAACGUUUUAUUUCCUGGUUGGCCUAGUACCUCUCAGGGUGGCAAACCAAGAUGCUAAUGGGGGAGUUUGGCCACCCCAGACAGGUGAUAUUAGCCCUCUGAGUGCCAGAUGCACAAGUCAGAAAAGAACUGGAAGAACAGCAGGGCUGGAGCAAGGCACAGCUCACUGUAGUAGUCGUAAUGAACUUGAAAAUGAUGAUACUUUACCCACUUAGCUCCGGUUCAGUUUCCUUGGAAGAGGAAGAUGUGUUAAUAUCAGUGAAGGUGCAAAAAAGUCAAUUCCUGAUUGUACUUAGUUAAACCAGUGGAGCAGGGCACCCUAAUUUGGAAGGAUUAUAAGCCAGAGACAGCAAAAUGGCAGCCUAUUUGUGAUUUGUUUUGGUUGUUUGUCCACAUGGUAAUUUAUUUAAAUUUGGACUAAUUGCAGUAAUUAAAAUCAGGAACUUUCUCAUGAAAUUUCAGGCAACCCAUACCAAAUGGACCUGAAUUUCUCUAUGAAAGCAGUUGGCUGAACAGUGGGCUUGGCGGGAAGAAGAGAGGAGAACAGUAACUUGCUAUUUCAGAUGAGACCUGAGUGAGCGCUUAUGUUUACCAUAGCCCCCACCAUUCCCUGUGUCCAGUUGCUAAGGCUUGGUGUCGUUGCCAUUUAUUAGCUUUUUCCAGCCACACUUCAUCCAUAUAUGUUACUUGCUUCCCUGCAAUUAAUCUAAGAGCAGAGGCUUCAAAACUCCCUGGCUUUUCCACCCACCAAGCCCACAAGUUCUGCUGAGUAUCUGGGUGGGUUUGGAGAAGACCCUGCAUCAGGUCUGCUUCAGUGACCACCUAGGAGCAGAGAAUCAUGAGCAGACUCCAGGGAAUUCAUGCGUGAUGAUGAGAGGUCCAUGAAGCAGCAGUGAGCCACCACUGUGGAGGUGGGAGUGGGAGUUAGUGACCAAGUGACAGGAUGGGAGUAAUGACCAGACUUCCUGCUGAUGACUCAGCUCUACCAAGGCACUAUACCUGGGUAGGUAAGUUCAUUUUGUGGUGUUGUGAGUUUUUGGGUGUUUACUGACUGCUUAAGAGCUGUUGCUUUUCUUUUAAUAAAACUCUAGAGGAGUACAUAGGCAGCUAGUGUGAUUGAAGCAUUGGAGGUAUACAUGAGGGAGAUGGUAUAGCCUAGGAUGGCAGGACAGGGAGGGGCCAGAUCACACAAGUCCUUAGGCCACAUGAAAAGUUUGGGUUUCAUUUUAUACCAAUGGGAAGUGACUGGGGGAUUUUAAGCAGAAAAUGGCCUGAUUUUAUGUAUGUUUUCAAAAGAUCUUUCUAACUGCUAAGUGGAGAAUUGAUUGGAAGACAGCAAGAGUAGAAGCCAGAAGAUAAGGAGCAUUUUUAGAACCUUAGUAAGAGAUGAUGGCCUUUUAGACCAGAGUGGUAGCAAUGAAGAUGGGAAAAAGUGGUGGAUGCAUUUAAGAAUUAUCUGGAGAAUUUUCUUCAAGGGUGGCUUAAAACCAGUUAUUUUAUGUGUAAGUUCCAGAGUCUGAGUAUAUACUUUAAAACCUAUUUUUCCCCCCAGAAUGACUGAGGAGUCAGAGCUAAUGGUGGAUUGAGGUUAACAGUCUGCAGUAUCAUAUUCGUUAAUAAUCUUUGGACUGGGGGUGGAAGUGGAGGAUGGGCAAAGCCUACCUUCCAGGAAAAAGAGCAGAGUCCUGUGUCUUCUCUUAAUUCUAUUGACUGAAACCUUGGAAACUAGAGAAAUUUUCUUCCUACCCUCUCUCUUAUGAUAUGUAAAAGAAAGGAGAAAUGUUCAAAACCUACUUCUCAGCUCAAAUGCUAACAGCAUAAUAAAGUGUACAAAAAUGAGGAAAAUAAUUAAGCCUUCCUCUCUUAACACUCGUUCACAUCAUAUUUACAAAUAGGCAUUUUCCCUUCCCCUUUGCCUUACCGGGUCAACAAGUACGUACUGAGUAUCUGCUACAUGUCCAGCCCUGGGGUCUUCCCAUUAGAGGUAAAGAAGUAUAAGACAGUUCCUGACUUCUAAAAUUUUAUAAUCUUCAGUGGGGAGAUGAAUGAAAAAUCAUGAAGCCAUUCAUAAUCAGUUCAAGAUGAUAUGAAAUGCUGCAUAAUUAAGCACUAGGAGAGUAUGGUACAGAUGACAAAUACUACUGGAAUACAGAGUAGGAAAAGGCAGAAAAAAGGUAUUGGAAACUAACAUCUAUGAAGCAUCAACUCAUACUAGGCAUUGGACACUCGAACACUCAUGGCAUUCUCACCUCACUCCUGCAACAACAGGAUUGGGGUCGGGGAGAGACAUGUGUAGGCUGGAGUGGUCACAGAAGGGAACAUGAGUGAGUGAGUCUCUUGAGCCAGGCUUGAAAGUGGUGGAGAAGAGUGAAAAAGGUGAAGGAACCGACAUAAGUAAAUGUGUCAACUAGUCAUGUUAUGGGGAGUGGGAAAAACUGCUAUGGAACCCUAGGAUGGAGCAUGAAUAUGGAGAGCCUCAAACACCAGGCAGACCCUUGAGAUAUAUUUCAGUCAGAAAUGGCAAGAUAGUGACGAUUACUGGACAAAAUAAAAAUAUCUUGUGUCAUUAAUCACGGUUUAAAACGGUAGAGGAAGAACUCUGAAAUGGAAGGCAGAGGAACGUACGUGGGGGAAGUAGUGUAGGGGCUGUAUUCUAGCAUAUGGUGGUAGUAGAAAUUGAAAUGAACACAUUACCAAAGAGAUUCCAUAGGAAUGAGCGGCAGGACUUAGAAGCUGAUUAGUAAUAGGGACAUAGGAAUAUAUCCUUAAUAUAGGAGAUGGAUUCAUCAAAGACAGCUCUAGAGGUUUAAGUAUAAAACCUGGGGUAAAUGUUGGCAGGCAGCAAGGCAUGGUAAAUAAAACAUGGGCUCUGAAAUUAGCAAACCUGCAUGUGAGUCACAGCACCAUUACUAUGUAACCUUGAGCAAGUUACUCCUCUGCAUGGGGAUAAUAAUAGUACCUCCCUCCUUGGUUUGCUGUGAGGAUUACACAAUAAUGAUUAUUGAAAAGCACUUAGAACAGCACCUGGCACACAGUCAACAUCCAGUAAGUUUUAGUUAUUACUAUUAUUAAGUCCAGAUGUCCUCAUUGCAAAAUAGUGCUUGUUCCGUAAGAUUGGAGUUGUGCAAGUUAGGCUUAAAUCCAGUUCUCUCACUUCUUUGUUUAACAUGGAUGAGCUUCAUAAUGUCAAGUGAGGACACUAGAAGCUACCUCAUCACAGAAAGCUCCUGUCCUCUGGAUCUUCCCACUUUUAGAACAUCAUGUGCUCUCAGAGAUGUCACCAAAUGAAUUUCAUAGUCCAACAAGCUCCAUGCAUAAGAAUGUGAAGUGCAACUCACCGUUGGAACGUCUUUGCAUAGCCCCAUCCUGGAAGAAGCUCUGUGAUGUGUGGAUCGUGAGUUUGCUCAAGCAAAUUGGACUCUUUACAAGGAAUAGCUAGAUUUGAGGACUAGGAUGGAAGAGCCAGCACCAGUGGAAGGCCAGGGCCAGCUCCCAAGCCCCCACCAGGGCUCUCUGAGGAAAGCCAUGGCAGCUGCCCUGGCCCUUGAUGGGGAAUCCACACUGGGUCGCAGGAAAAAGAAGAAGAAAGAGUCCCGCCCAGAAUCUAUUAUCAUCUACCGGUCAGAGAGUGAGAAACUGGAUGAGGAGCCUGGGGAAUUAGAAGGUGGAGAUCAGCCUAAAGAGGAGGAGGGAGAUGAUUUCCUAGACUAUCCUGCGGAUGAUGCUAUGUGGAACAUGCCUGUGGACAGCCGCUAUGUCACAUUAACUGGGACCAUCACCCGAGGGAAGAAAAAGGGGCAGAUGGUGGACAUCCAUGUCACGUUGACAGAGAAGGAGCUGCAGGAACUCACCAAGCCUAAAGUGUCGUCAAGGGAAAUGGCACCUGAAGGCAGAAAGGCCUGCCAGCUGGGCGCAGACCGUGGGCCCCACGUGGUCCUCUGGACGCUGGCCUGCCUGCCUGUGGUUUUCAUCCUCUCCUUCGUGGUCUCUUUCUACUAUGGCACCAUCACCUGGUACAGUAUCUUUCUUGUGUACAACGAGGAGAGGACCUUCUGGCACAAGAUCUCAUGUUGCCCCUGCCUCAUUCUCCUCUAUCCAGUGCUCAUCAUGGCCAUGGCCUCUUCCCUGGGCCUCUAUGCUGCCGUGGUCCAGCUCUCAUGGUCCUGGGGAGCGUGGUGGCAAGCUGCCCGGGACAUGGAGAAAGGCUUCUGUGGCUGGCUGUGCAGCAAGCUGGGUCUGGAAGACUGUUCUCCCUACAGCAUCGUGGAGCUGCUUGAAUCUGACAAUAUCUCAGGCACUCUGUCCAACAAGGAUGCCACCCAGGAGGUAGAAACAUCCACCGUCUAAACUCCCAACAACUUACUUCAUUCUCUGGUCUCAGUAGCCUGUAUAUCAUCUUCCAAUUUCAGAAUAUUCCUUCUUUAAAUUAUUCCUCCCCCCCUCUUCCCCCAUACACAGUUCUUCUGGAAAAUUUUAGCCCACACUGAUCUGUCCUACCAUCUUGUUGGUUUCCAGGAGGGCAGGAAACAGAAAAGCAAUUUGUGCCCAAAUAGUCCAUCCAAUGGAUAAACUCUUCUUCAUUCCUUGCCCUAAGAUGACCAUAUAUCUGAGACAAGGGAGCUCAGGUGUUUGUCAGUUCAGGAGCUUGGAGGUGUUCCUGGUGCCUGGAACCCAGGGGAGAUGUGACUAAAUGUGACAGAAUAAGGAAGCUCAGGGGAGACCAAGUCCACCAAUAAGAUAAUAGAUAGGGAUGGAGUGAAAUAUUUAAGAAGCAGGCUGCAACAGUGUAGCAGAAUGUAAAGAUAUGUGUGUAUCACUUAGAUUUUGAUUUAUAUAUUAAAUAUAAUUAAAAUCCAAAUAUCAGUAGUUUAAACAAGAUAGAAGUCUGUUUCUUUCCUGUAUAGAAGAAGUCUGGAGGCAGACCAUCAGGGAAACUGAUGAAGUCAUCAGAAUCCCAGGCAUUUUUUAUUCCCCAACCCUCAUUGCCUUUAUCCUCAGCACCCAGUGCUGACUACAUCUCCAGCCAUCACAUCCCUGUUUCGGAUAGAACAGAGGAAAGGGCAACGAAGAGCACGUACACCCUCCUAGGCUAAGGCGGCUUCUCAGGAGGCCCCCUCAACACUUCUUGUAUCUCAUUGGCCAGACCAUAGUCACAUGACCUCACAAGCAAGAAAGGCUGGGAAAUGUAGUCUUUUGGCCGGGCAGCUAUAUUCUAAAUGUUUGGGUUCUGCUAAUUUAAGAGACAAGGAAAUAGUGGCUAUUUUGGUAGGCAAGUAAGAAUCUCUGGCUCACAGUAAUUAUUUAAAUACAUUCAGAUCCAAAACUGCGAACACAGUUUUAUUUAUGUAUGUAUGUAUUUAUUUAUUUAAACCUAAAUAUUGCACAGAGAAUUUAUACAUAGAUACUAGCUACAUAUACUAUGCAUAAACCACACGUAGAUAUUAGCAAUUCAUGUAUGUUGCAAUUAAAUAUCUAUAAUGCCAUGUGGUUUCAGGUUUUUUAGAAAGGAAGAGUGAAUAGUUGAGUACAAUUAUAUCACAGUAGCAUAGCUUUCUUCCUGGUAGUGAAGGUGGGCCUGGGUGGUGAUGUUUAGUUUAACGUAGAGAUGAAAGACUGCGAAGGGAGUCUGUCAGACUUUCCCCCAGCAGGGUCAGCAGCCCUAAGCACAAGAAGACAGUUAGCUUUAUGUGGUUUGUCAGAACUCACUCAGAGCCUCACUCACUCAGAACUUUCUUCUCACAGCAAACACAGUCUUUGCUGUGCUGAAAAGCUUGGGUCUUCGUGGACACUGAGGGUGUAAACCAGAUGGAUCCAGAUUAAUAGAUUCUGAACUUAAAAAAAAUAUUCCUGAGGGUCUCUUUCUAAUUUCAAAAAAAUCAAAUCCUAAGAGGUCAAGCAGAUUUUGGAAGUUUGGGUCCUUAUAAGAAUAGCUGGUGCCCUAUUCGUGGUUCAUGUCUCAGGAAGAAGCUGUUGAAAGAACUGCUGUGAAUCAAACCAGAUGGGUCAAGCAAUGCUGUCCCACAGAAGGCCAGGACAUUUGCCUGAUGCAUGGUGCUGAACUCCACCUUCAGAGGAAACCCCUCCUUUUUAAAAAUAACUAUUAUUAGCUUGAAAAAAAAAAAAAAAAACUCUGUCCAACACGUUUGAAGAUAAUGUUGGUGCUCUCUGGUGCUUUUGCAGAGAUAUAAACAAUUGAAAUGA